AAAUGUGAUGAUGAUGUCGAUGAAUGUGCGAAUAGUGAUGUAGUUUGUCCUUACAAUUCUGAGUGUUUUAACACGCCUGGCAGCUUUGAUUGUAAAUGCGACAUAGGAUAUCUUCUAGUAGCCUCCGGGGAGUGCAAAGUUUGUGAUAAUCGACACUAUGGAGAAAACUGCAACAGUAUUUUGCAAUUGCCACAUUGAAAACACAGACUCCUGCAAUCAUACAAGUGGCGUAUGUACAUGCAAAAAGGGAUGGACAGGGGAAACAUGUUUGGAUGACAUAAACGAAUGCGAUACUAAUUCAUGUAGUGAUGUAUCACAUUCUUUCUGUGAGAAUAGAAAUGGGUCCUACGAAUGCAUAUGUACAGCUGGAUUUAGAGUUUUUGAGAAUACCUGCAGUGAUAUAAAUGAAUGUGAAGAAGAUGCUUUUAACGCUUGUGAACAGUCAUGUAUCAAUUCAAUUGGAAGUUUUCAUUGUGGUUGCUUCAAAGGAUAUUAUAUGGUUAAUAAUGUGUGUAAAGAAUGUUCUGGCAAUACGUUUGGCGAAAAUUGUACGGAACAAUGUAAUUGUGUGGCAAAAAAGUCUGAAAAUGUUGAGCAGACAUGUGACACGGUGACUGGAAAGUGUAGAUGUAAAUCUAACUGGAAAGGAGAAACCUGUUCGGAAGAUGUUGAUGAAUGUGAGGAAGAUACAACAUUGUGUAGUGAUAAAAACAACACAACAUGUGUAAAUACGCACGGCUGGUACCAAUGCGAUUGUAUCAGAGGUUUCAAGGAAAAUACGGACGGACAAUGCGUUGAAUAUAGCAGUUUUUCAACGGAUAUUCCUAAAGUUGCUGGUGUAAUGACAUUUAAUUUUAGUAUUACAAUUCACACGAACUCAUUGGCAGGAGUUAACAUGAAGUCAGCAAAUUCCUUCGAUAUUGUGAGAGGGAAAGUCGAAAAAAGCUUGUUGGGAUUUUACUCCCGUUAUACAGCAGCCGUGAUUCAAAUAUUUAUUGUUGACUUAAAAAUUGGAAGCAUCAUAGUGGAUUAUGUAAUUGCAUUUGAUGAAGAUACGGGAGUGUCCUCUGAACUAAUUACAGCAUCUGCCGACUUAAUUCAAGGGGCACAGAUAAUGUUUGACGGUGAAUUAGUGAAUGCCACGUCUGAUGGACAUCAAAAUAUGGACCCGUGCAUGUUGUAUUUGAUAUUGAUAGGAAGCUGCGAUAGCGGUUAUCACUGUGAAGUUUCAAAUAACGUUCCAAGAUGCAGACAAAACAAAGAAGAUGACGACGGACUAUUUCAUAUUAUCAUUGCGAUCAUUUCAACAUUGUGUGUGUUGAUUAUUAUCGGGGUGAUAAUUAAUAUCAUGUGUCUUCGGAAACGGAAACAAAAGCAGAAAAAGCAUGGAAAACAAAGUAUGAGAGAAAGGAAUUAUGGAGAGGGAAGUUAUCACAGAACUGCAAAAGCUAUUAAAGAAGACACUAACUCAAAGGGACAUUUUAAUUCGAAAGUCCUUGCAUGGAACCAGAUGCAAUCAGGAUUCACUGACAUCGCCGGACGAAAUAUUGCGUACAAUCAACCACUACAUGUCCCCAGAGUUCACAACGAAAGGAAUAAUUCGUUUGGAAUUCACAACAACGGCUUUGAUUGUGGUGGAGCAAGAGCAAACAGAGCCCGUAAUGAUAGCGUAAUCUUCAAAAGCAGCCAUGGCGUAACUGGAGGUAGAUCUAACAGAGCCCGUAAUGACAAUGGAAUCCACUACGAUGGUUUUGAGAGUGAUGGAUUCAGAGUUAGUCAGUGCUAAUGAUGUGAUCAACAAAGGCUUUGAUCAUACUUGGGUAGAACUUACAGAUCUUCGUAUGAUGACAAGAUGGAUCUAGAGGAAUAUUUCAACUUUUAAGAAAUAAAACCCCAUUUUACUGCAAAGAUUAUCAUAUGGAUUUGUCUUAUUUUAUUUUAUUUUAAUUCUGAUAAUAUAAAUAAAGAUAAAAAGUGUAUCCAACAGAAAAUGAAAAAACGCUAAAGAAUUGUUUCUAUCUUGAUGAUUGACUUAUAGUCUUUUGAAAAUAUUUAAACAUCCUGUUUUUUUUUCUUGUUUUCUCGACAAUGAGUAUUUUCCGGAAGAUAUGUCUUGACAUAUUGUAUAGCAAAUUAUAGUGUGUGUUUUUAAUAUUUUAUCAUUUUGUUUAUUUCAAGUUAAAAUUCUUUUGAUUUCGAUGUAUGUAACUGUAAAUUAAAGUGAUAUGAUAUUUAGCAAUUGUUUUUUUGUUGUCAUUUUGUUGUUAUGAAUGCUUCUGAGGGAUCACUUUCUUUCCAGAUUUUUCUUUCUAACAAAAUUUCCAGAACACAAUUGACAGAAUUUACUAGGUAAGCAAAUGGAAAAACAACGUUAUUAUACACUUCUACAACAUCGCAAUUAUAGUUUUCUACCUAAACCCUUGAAACAUUUGUGAUUCCUUAAUGUUUUAUGGUACUGCUUUACUCCUAAAUUUACUGUUUUACUCAUCCAAACUCCACCCAUCUUUAUUUUAUUUUAUAUCUGAACAAUCAAAUUACCUUGAAGAUUUUCCAGAUUUUUAGAUGGGAAGCAUCUGGUGCUGUUAAGUGAUAAAUUCGUAUCCCACAAGCUU